GAUCAGUGAAGCUUUUGAAGCUUCAAAUUAAAUUUACAAAGUGAAAAAAAAAGUAUGUGAUAGAAAUUUUGCAAAAAUGUUGCGGAAAAUCAUUCAAAAUUUCAUCUCAGUGAUUAUUUUUGUGGAAUUAAUUGCCUCUUCAGCAGCUCAGGACUACAUUGAGGAUUACAGCCCAUGCGGUCGAUGGCGUCCUGGUGAUGCAGACCUCAACACAUUUGAUUUUAUUCGACAAUUCCAAUUGGAUCGCUCGGAAACGUACUACGAAGGCGUAUCGCGCGUCGUUGGGUCCAGCCACAUUCAGACAGCCUAUCGCCUGGAACGGGAAUCAAAUCUAACCCUACGCUCCGUUGAUGCCUUUCCACGGGGGUUUCCUCAUCAGUUCUCCUUUGAAUGUACUUUUAGGGCUCGUGAGCAGUUCACACAGUCUUGGUACCUCUUCCACGUAACUGAUUCCUUUGAACAAUCCCAACUAAGUGUGAUGCUAGAACCAAGACGUGAGCUUCUUCAUCUUGCCCUCCCAAAUGUCGAUGGGAAUCUCCAGAUGGUGACUUUUAGGCACCAUGAGCUCUUUGAUGAAUCCUGGCACAAAGUUACUCUGGGCGUUGGACACGACAGAGCAACCCUCUGGGUGGAUUGUCAACCAGUCCGGGGAAUCUAUGGUGACUUUGCCAACCAUUUGGAACCAAGGGGUUUAGUGGAUUCAAGUGGAGGACACCUCAGUGUUGCCCGUCUUGUUGAGUAUCCUGCUACGGCGCCUAUUGAUCUUCAAUGGAUGGUCCUUAGCUGUGAUCCUCUAAGAGCAGAACGGCAGAACUGCGCGGAACUCCCGAGCAUCCAGAAUGUUUCAUAUCUAACCGGACCUGGGAGUAUCAGACAAAGUGAAUGCCCAAUUUUGUGCCCUCAAGGACCACCAGGAUUCAAUGGAACUGCUGGUUUGCCGGGACUUCCAGGCGAGAGAGGACUUCCAGGGCAACAAGGUUAUCCAGGAAUGCCUGGACCCCCUGGUAAACCUGGAUUUCCUGGAUUAGAUAUCGAAGGACCUCCAGGAAAGGUCGGAGCAAAGGGAGAGCGUGGAAGUCCAGGACUUCCUGGACCUCCGGGACCUCCAGGACCUUCAGAAGUUGAUUUCUUGGGUGUUGCCGGAGCUGGAAGACCUUCAAUCGUAGCCGGACUUCCAGGUCUCGACGGGGCAAAGGGCGAGAAAGGAGAUCGUGGUGAAAUGGGCCUCCCCGGAACACCAGGAAUGUUCUUUGGUGCUCUCGAUGAGGCGAGAAUUCGUGACAUUUGCGGUACUCUCAUUCAGGAAACUCUAAUUGAGAUUAGAGCAACAACAGUCGGUCAACCUGGUCCACCAGGUCUUCCUGGCCCUCCAGGUGUAACGCGUGAAGGUCUCCAAGGUGAACCUGGACCACCUGGGGAACCAGGCUACCCCGGAGUUAGGGGUGAAAGAGGAUUCCCUGGACUCCCGGGUUUCACGGGUAUGACAGGACCAGCCGGAGAGCCCGGAAUGAAGGGUGAACCAGGUGAACGUGGGGAACGCGGUGAGAGAGGAGAACGCGGUAUUGACGGCAUGAUGGGACCACAAGGUCCGGAAGGACACACCGGUUUACCAGGGCCACCGGGACGAGCUGGUGAUCGUGGAGAACCCGGAAUGCCAGGCGUUCCAGGUCAGCAAGGACAUCCAGGUGUUCCCGGAGUUUGUCCCGAUUGCUACAAUUACGCCGCAGCUGCGGUACCCUACUACUACAUGCCUCAACAAUCUAAAGGACCUAGCAUGAAGGGAUAGGCACUGCCUUUGAAAUACUCUAUUUACCGCAAAUAAAUUUGCUUCUAUUUUGUUUCAGCAGAAA